AUGAAUGGUAGAGGAAAAAGAACAUUUGAAAAAGUGUCCCAAACAAAGGAAGUUGAUGAUCUGUCACUAGUGGCAGAUCUGCCUUCACACAAAGGGUCAGAGAAGAAGCAUGAAAAUGGUGAUACAGGAGCCAGAGAUGUAAUAGAAUCAUCAAGCAGUGUCGCUACUAAAAACAGGGAUACGCUUCAUAAUAAUGAGAAACAAAAUGCAGAGGAAAUCUGUAAACAAAAGAAUGUCCAUCGGUGUGCUGUUCAACCACAAUAUGAAGAUGUCAGUGAUGAAGAGGGGGAGUUGCAGAUCUGUGAAGAGGAAGGAGAUGAGGAAGAGGAGACACAAGACAACAAUUCAGAAGAAAAUGUUGUUAGAGUGCACACUGUGCUCUCACAUGAGGACAUUUGUGAAGAAAAACAGACGACUUCAUUACAUCUUUCUGAGUCUGAUAAAUUAAUCAAAGGACAAGGUACUGAAGGCAGUAAUUUAACUUCACAUCAGAAAGAUGCUGAUCUUGAACCACCUCAGUACAGCUGUGGAAAUCAAGCAGUACUGCUAGAAUUCCAAACUGUAUCAUCAGUACCUGAAGAGCAUGAAGUACAUAGUAAUAAAAAAUUGUCUACAGUUGCUAGAGAUGAAUUGCAAGUGAUAAUGCAGAAGGAAUCACUGUCACCACUAAAAAAACUGCCAGAAAUUAAGCAACCAUGCAGUCCACUGCAACAAGCUGAGCAAAACUACAGUAGUAAUGAUCUCUCAUCUGAGACUUCAAGGCCCAUUUUUCCUGAUGUGAAAGCAAGGGAAACCAUGGAGCUAGGAUAUUGUGGUUCAUUAGAUGCACCAGAUUCUCUUCAAAAUGAAAAGAGCGUUCUUGAUUUUGAUGAGAGUCCCAGUAAAUCAACACCUGAGGGGAGAAUAGGUGCUGAAGAUACAUCAACACCAUUUAGGAAAGUCUCACGAAAAACUAUUUAUGAAAAGGAUGUCCAUGGAAGAAACAGUGAAGAGCAAGAGGUCAGAGAGAGUCGUAAUUCUGUGUGUAUGAAUAAAGUUCUUAUAUACAGUUCUUCAAAGAGUUCCAACAGAAGAAUUUCAUCAAAAGCACGGAUGAAAUGUGCUGACAUAGAUUCACUGCCACCAAGCUAUCAGAUUUUGCGUAGGGAUCUGAAUGAGGUAUUAGAACAAGAAAAACUAUGUCAAGCCUCAUACUCAUUACCAAGAAAAGUGCCAAAGAAAAUAUCAGUACCAAAGGUAGGAGGAUAUCGUAGACCUAGAGAGUUCCAGAAGGCACAGGUGAUAAAUGAUGAAGAGGAAAGUUCAUCGAAAAAAAUUAGGAGAGAAGAACCUGAUAGCGCAAACUCAGAAGUAAGUGUUGAAGAUCAAGAAAAAUCAUCUGUUCAGGAGGCAGCUGAGUAUAUGGUAGACCAGAAUCCACAUACUACAAAAAAUUUGUGUCAGGAGCAUACAGACUUGACAGCCGAGAAACAUGUGGAUGGGCAUCAGCAUAAUCAACAUCAGAAAAAGAAGAAACCAGCCAUAGUGCAGCCAGAAGGAAUGGAGGUAUGCCAUGAUAAACCUGCUUUGCCAGAAAAGGAAUCAACAGUGUCCUCUAUGUGUCAGUCAGAUUUGAUGACAAAUAAAAGAAAAAAAUGCACAGUUAGACUGAAAAGAUGUGACCGUUUCUCGUGGAUACAAUGUGCAAAUGAAUCUACUGUUGCAGAAUCAGAAGACAUUGGCAUUGAGAAGACCCCUACCUCUGAUGAGUGUGGCAAGACAGAGAGUCUACCUGAGAAGAAUGUAGCUUCAGAGCACACACCUUCUCAAGAGUUAAAUGACCAAUGUGAUGAAUCUUCAGUUGUACCAACAUGUAGUAAAAUUCAAAUGGAGAAUAAGACUAGUGUAGCAGAAAAAGAGCUUGAAGCAGUUUACUCUCAUGGACAUAAAUUGGAUACAGAUGUUUCCCAUUCUCAGCAUAAAAAAAUACUAUUACAAGCUGAAAAUAAAAAGAGAGAUGGCAGUAACAUCUCUGAAGUAGCAGAGCAGUCACAGCAAUGUCACUCCAGAAGUCCAGGUGAGGUUGCAGCACUUGAAAAUAUUGUAAACAGUCCCAACCAGGCUACACAUUGCAGUUCUCCAGUUCAUCAUCAGAGCAGACAGGAAGAUUUUACUAAGGAAAAUGUGGACAACAGAGAACAAGAUCAUUCUGUAAACAGUGAUGUAGAGGAAGAGGGGGAUGAGAAUAGUAGGUCAUGUUACAGAAUUGCUGAAUCACAGUCAGAAGAUCAGGUAUCGCAGGAUGUUGUAGAAAGGAGGGCAGAAUCUCCUCAUGUUGAGAACAUUCUUGAUCUGCCACAAGAGGUUGUUGAGGAGUACUUGCAGCAAAAUGUGCUACAGGAAAGUGUUGAAGAACUGUUAUCACUAGUGACAAAAAGUAAACACUUUAAAAAUCUUAGGGGAAGACCAUUAAGUGAAACCAUUGUGACAUUGACACGUGUUUUGAAAGAAAUGAAGAACUCAAAAAAGAUACCAUACCAAUCUUUGCUAGACAAAAUACAAAUGGAGCAACAUGUAACAGCUUCUGAAGUUCCCAGUGAUUCCACAACAGAGCAGUCAGUGCCAGAACAACAAAGCCAUGAGUUAAAGACAGAGUUUCAGCAGCAUAAUCAAUCACCAAUUAAACAGCCUUUAUCAGUAACUGAUGAAACUAAAGGACAACGAGUUAUCCAAAAGCCAGAACAAAAAUCGGCUACUGAUUUUCAGGAUCCAGAAGAAAAACUGCCUGAAUCACAUCUUUGUGAAGCAGACUCACAGGAUAUAGUGCUUAACCAGAGAGAGCCUUCUACACAUGAAAUGGAGGGGUUACAUACAGAAAACAAAACGCUGCCACCAGCUCGACAUAAAAGACAUGAGAGUCAGAAACAUGACUUUGGACCACAACCACAUACUUCUCAGUCACAGCAGACAGUGACUAGUAACCAGUCUGUCUCACAGGGAUCUCUUUCAUGUUCAGAACGAAUGAACCAGUAUUCAGAACCAACAUCUGCAGACAAAGAAGAAACAAGACAACAACAGAAAGCUGAUCAGCAAAAUGCCAUACAGCAUUCAGUUAAGGAAAGAGGACAGUCACAAGAGAAAGAUGUGGAGCCUCAUAAUCCACAAGCCCAAAUGUUAAUACAACAGCAAGUACAAGAUCAACAUCGACUGAUGCUCAAUACGAUAAAACAACAGAAACACCACUUACACAGCAUGCAACAAAUUGCACAGCAGAAAGAGGCGAAAUGUCACAAGGAAAUGCAACAGUCAUCGUUAGAGCAGCCAGUUAUACAAACUCACACAGCAGUGCAGCAGUGGCACCAUAUACAACACACAUCACACCAUCAUCAGACACAGUGUAUAGAUAUGGAUAAAUUUGUGCCUCAGCAACAGAACGUUUACGGUGGUGCACCACACACAGAGAAGGUAACAAGUAUUGUUCAGAACCCUUUGAGGUGCCAUCAAACAAUGUUGCAACAACAACAACAGCUGCAACAGUUAGCAUCACUGGAACAGCAGCCUAUGAGGCAAUUAGCUGCAAUGCCAAAUGCAGUGGAACAGCCACAACAAAUUGUGCAGCAGCAGAUGGAAUGUCAACAGCAGCGAGCAGCACAUCAUAUAUCACGAUCACACAUCACAGGGGAGCAUCAGACAGUACCCCAAAAUCAUCAGCAGACACAUCCCUAUCAUCAUCGACUUUAUUUCCCACAAAUUCAGCAGCAUUACCAGUUUCCUCAUUCCACUGAAGUGCAGAUGCGUCCCAAUUAUCCACAUCAGUACCAUUCAAGAUACAACUCUCCAUCAACAUGGAGUUCAAAUGCACAUUUGUUGAGACAAGUUCCAUGCAGUCCAUUGGAUGCACAACAGUUGCAGCCACAGCAGCAACACUAUCCCCAUUUUCAUCAACAGCAGCAACUUGAGAGGUGGCACUCUUCUAGGAGGUCAGGGACUGAUGUAGCAGCAACAGUCCCAGCAGUGAUGCCAUCUCCUUCAAUGUCAGGUGGGACUGUUGUGGAACCUGAACAUGAUCGGAGGCGUAUCUUGUCCCGUGAAGCCAUAAAUUCUUUUGAUACAGGACACAGAAUUGAUGCUGUGCCUUCAUCAAGAAAUGCAAUUGCAGGAGACUUUUAUUCCCAGUGGGGGGCUAUGAACCAUCAGUCACAGUGCUGUGCCGACAGAAGGUUCCAACAGAAAUGUCAUAAUUAUGGCAUUCCUCAAGCUUACCGUCAUUACGGCAGAGCUUGGAUGCCAACAGUACAGCAGAAUUUGUACCAAGUAAUUUGUCCUGUGACUCCAGCAAGCACAGAAAAUAUACACACAGCACAAGUCCACCCAUCACCGACUUAUAUGAGGACAGGACCACAUCCUCAGCCAAACAGCAGUACAGCUCCAGUGCAGGCUCCUCUGAACACAGCAUCUAUACAUCAGAGACCCAUGAAACUUGUCCAGUCAUCCACAGUGGACCAAGAGCAACGGCCUAUGGGGCACGGGGGGCGUCUGAAAAUACCAACGCCGCCUAUUGUCAGCCCUUUUGUCGAAAGAGUAAUGAAAGGUUAUCAGCCAGAUAUGUUCAACGCAGAGGACUUAUACAGAUACCAGUACAAGCUGCCUGAGAGGGAGUGGGCUGCUCGAUUUGCAUUGCCACAAGAUACUGUGCAUGCAAGGCAUGGAACAACAACAGUACAACAACUUCCUUACAGUCAGCCAGUUAUUAUGUUUCCUGAGCACACAAGAAUCCCAGCAUCACCAACACAACCACUGCUGUACAAAACAGUCCACACUGUUGGGCAGUCCUCCCAUCGAAUGGUUGUACCGCCACCAUCAAGUUUUUUCGAUGACUCCAUGAAUAAUUCAGCAGUGAAAUUACCAGUGAACAGUGUGCAACCAGCACCUAGCAGUACAAACGUGCAACUCCGCUCUGAACUUACUGCAUCAUCUUCUAACCGAAUUUCACAGGAAGCUUCACUUCCUUCUGUGAGAGACACUGAAAAUUUAAACUGUGAUUGUGAUGUUAUGGAUCUGUCACAGGACAAAAGCACGCCAGAGUAUAAUGAUAAAUGCCAAGUGGUUAAGUGGAGUGACAGAAUCCCCAGAGGAACUGAAUUGCAUCGUCCUGUUAUGGAGAAGCCAAACAGCAUCUCUUCAUCCCAAGCUAUUAGUGAAAUACCACAAUCUUCAGACUAUAUACAAAAUAAUAUUCCAGACCACCUUCAGGUCAACAUCUCUGCAACAAAAACAGCCCUUCAUUCAGAAUCUGUGGAUGAAAAAUGUAAAAGUGAAAGUCUGUGUGGUACUCCAGAAAAAAGGUUGUGUCAAGAUCCUGACAAUAAGACAAGUGCUUUAUCCAAUAUGCACACCCAUCAAGUGACAGCGAUGGAUUUGUCACCAUCUACCAUUGUAGACUGUACUACCAAAUCAACACCAUCGCAGUCAUCACCACGUAUGCUGGGAGCCAGCCACCCUCAGUCAUGUGCCACAAGAAGACCUUCACUAGACUCAAUACAGCAUGCAAUGAAUGGUAAAGGUGCCAGCUAUGUAAAUUGUGGACAGCAAAAUCAAGAAUUGUGCACUGUCAGCUGUUGUGAGCAAAGUAGAUGUGCUACACAUACCAAGAGGCUUGCAGCAGCUGGUUCUGCUUGCUGUGGUGCAACCCAACUACCACAGCAGUCACCUAAUGAUGAAAGAUGACAUGAGAUCUGUUGGUGCCAGCAAUGUGUUCCAAGCUUUACAUAUGAUGGUGUUUCACCACAUUGCAGCAUUUGUUUUCCAAGAUAAAACUUGCAUUAAGUGAAAAAUGGAAAUAAGUGAGUUUCAGUAAUAUUGCAGCGUUAUUUGUAUAACACCUGUGACUGAAGAUUGUAUUCAUCAGUGUCAUUGUCCUUGUAUAUGUAGAUUAUCGUAGUAAAGCCUGUAUUGAUGUCCUAUAAUAUUCAGGUUUGAAAUUUUACAUGUCUGCAGUGAGCAUUUUUGCCUGCUAGCUAGAAAUAUUCACUUUUGGGAAAAUUUGGUCCUCAUCACAGUAAUUGAUUUAAACUUUUUUCAUAUAGAUUUAUAGAUGUUCUAUUUUAUUUUAAACGGUGAUGCAGCAUAAUGUGAUAGCUGUAUGCAGUAUUGCAUACAUUUUGGUCUAGUCCAUCGUGAAAAACUUAUUUACUAUCCUUCUUUGUACCUGAAAUUUGAUACCUAUUAUCAAAUGUAUUAGAAUAAUAUUCCUAUUUUCUGUAUGUUUUUAAUUAGAAGAUUCUUUACGAAUACUUUUUAUAUAGUGUAUUGUACCAGUUUAUAAAUAUUGCAACAGAGUUAGAAGUACUAGUCACUCAAUCAGUGAAUUGAUGUACUUAUGUAGCAAAAUUUAAACAUGAUGUUAAUCUUGCUCUUUUUAUAACUGUGAAUUGAUUGUAUGUAAUAUGUGUGGUAAAUCAUCUGUGAUUAAAUGUGAUGUUCAAUGGCUACUAUUAACAGUAUUUGUCUUAAUUGUUGCUUAUGGUAAUUGUGUAUGUGCUGCAAAUUUGAUAUUUAUUAAAUUUGAAUUGGUGUAAGUCUCAUACUAAAGGCAAGAAGAUGAUGUUCCAUUAAAUUAUUGAUCUCGACAUGCCGAAGACUAGCCUUGGAUACAACAAUAGAUGUAGUUCAUAAGGAGACUGUUCAAGGCAUUCUCUGUAAUUGUAAUGUUUCUAAGUAAAGAGAGUUUUUAUAGAUGUUUCAUGAUACUUGUGGACAAAAAUAUGCUUACACCUGUUAGCAUAAUGGCAGUGUUUUCAAAAACAAAAUCCAUAGAAAUAUUUGUCACAUUACAUAGAGAUACAACCAGAACACUUAAUGUGUUAAAUUAUUGUAUUUCAGUCAUUGUUCCAAUUUUAUUAAAACCAUCUACAAUGAAUGUA